AUGUCCAUCGGUGAGCAGGGCGAGUCUGCCCAUCCACUCAAGAUCUUUGAUAUCGCCAGAAAGCAAGAUCGUUUUUUGUAUGCUCUUGCGCCCAUGGUCCGAUAUGGCAAGCUUGCCUUUCGACAAACAGUUCACAAAUAUGGAGUUGACCUUUGCUGGUCCCCCAUGAUCCUCGCAAAGGAGUUCAACCGCAGCAGUUUCGCUCGAGAUAGUGACUGGACCUUCUCUACUGAACCCAACCAGCCGCCAACUAUUGUGCAGUUCGGUGCAAAUGUACCCCUGGAACUCGCUCGUGCAUCAGCACUCGUUGCUCCUUCCAGCCAGGGCGUUGAUCUCAACUGUGGAUGUCCUCAAUCGUGGGCUUGUGCUGAGACUCUGGGCGCUGCUUUGAUGAACCAUCGUGAGCUAGUUCGGGAUAUUGUCGUCGAGACCAGACAACGCCUAACAAGCGACGGAUGGGGUGUCGGCCUCGAGAAGGAUAUUGACAACCCCAAAGGACGAAGUGUAAGCGUGAAAAUCAGGAUUCACAACGACCUCAGACAAACUAUGGACUUCAUAGAUACUGUCAUAGGGCAUCCCCAGAACCGCCUUAUUGACUGGCUCACUAUUCACCCACGAACAAGAUCAACACCAUCAACUACCCCAAUCAGGACUGAGGCCCUCGAAAUUUUAACAGAGAAAUACUCAAAGACACUCCCUAUUCUCCUCUCCGGGGAUGUCUUCGAUCUCUCCACCCUCCCCUUCCAGCCCACCAUCACUACCAACAAUAACGCCCCUCUUCCAUCUAUCGACAAGCUGGCUCUCAACGACACAAACUCUGCUGUUAUCAUGCCACGCCCCAGCAACACCCAUCUCUCAGGCUUCAUGUCUGCUCGUGGCCUUCUUGCCAACCCUGCCAUCUGCACCGGCUACUCGGCCUGCCCCUGGGAAGCUGUCGAGACAUUCAUGUGCAAAGUGGCGCGGGCUCCUGUGCCAUUCAAGCUGGUACAGCACCACGUCAUGGAGAUGACAGCGCCUGGAAUGGGCCCCGAUAAGACCUCACUUCUGGAAAAGAAGGAGCGUGCUGAGAUUAUGAAGUUGACCAAUACCUGCGAGAUUGUCGACUAUCUUGACGAAAAGAUUGAAGAGAAGACGGGGAGAGUUGGUGGUAUGAGACGGGAUCUAUGA